AUGAAUCUAUCGCACCGUGUUCCCUCCUCCAGGCUCAACUCCACCACGAACCUCCACAGCAUUAACUCUUCCUCCUCCGUCUCCGCCGUAUCUUCCGUCAUCAUGCCGCCGCCGUGCUCCCGCCCUGUUCGCCGAGCAGCUAUAUUCCUCGUCGCCAUUUCCAUCUCCAUCUUCUUCCUCUACAGAUCCGCUGAUUCCCUCUCCUCCUCCUCCUCCUUCUUCUCUCGCAUCUUCCCUUCCUACGAUUCCUUCCAGUCUCUGGAGCUUGAAGAGCCUAAGCUUGAAGAUGUUCUACGUAGAGCCGCAACUCGUGACAACACAGUGAUUCUAACCACUCUGAACGAAGCUUGGGCUGCUCAAGGCUCUGUAAUCGAUCUCUUCUUCGAGAGUUUUCGAAUCGGUGAAGGAACGAGCAAGCUCUUAAACCAUCUAGUGAUCAUUGCUCUUGAUGCUAAAGCUUACUCCCGUUGCCGAGAGAUUCAUAAACACUGCUUCAGUCUUGAAACUGAAGGUGUGGAUUUCUCGGGAAAAGAGGCUUACUUCAUGACUCGUUCUUACUUGAAGAUGAUGUGGAGAAGAAUCGACUUCUUGCGUUCUGUUCUUGAAUUGGGUUAUAACUUCGUCUUCACGGAUGCUGAUGUGAUGUGGUUCAGAAACCCAUUUACGCGGUUUUUCAAAUACGCAGACUUCCAGAUUGCGUGUGACCAUUACUUAGGAAGGUCUAAUGAUUUGGAGAAUAGACCUAACGGAGGGUUUAGCUUUGUGAGGUCUAAUAACAGAACUAUACUCUUCUACAAGUAUUGGUACGCUUCACGGAUUAGAUACUCCGGGUAUCAUGACCAGGACGUUCUUAACUUCAUCAAGAGGGAGCCUUUUGUUUUCAGGAUUGGGAUUAGGAUUAGGUUCUUGAACACUGCUUAUUUUGGUGGACUCUGUGAGCCAAGUAAAGAUAUGAAUCUUGUUCGUACCAUGCAUGCUAAUUGCUGCUUUGGUAUGGAUAGUAAGCUUCAUGAUCUUAGGAUUAUGCUUCAGGACUGGAGAGAUUUUAUGGCUUUACCGCUUUAUCUUAAACAUGAGUCUGGUUUCUCUUGGAAAGUCCCACAGAAUUGCAGUCUUGAUUCACUUAGGAGAUAUGAUGAGUCUAUGUAUGAAGAAGAGAGUGAGCCACCAGGAGAAUCCCAAGAGUGAAAAAAGUGUGUAUGUGUUUUACAAAUUGUAUAUAGAGAAACUCUUCUGAGAUUUGUUUUUUGUUACAUGACGAAGAAGAAAAAUAUGUAAGUCGAAGUUUUGUAUAAAUCAUUGAUCAUUCUCAAAGAGAAACACACAAGUACAUAGGACAAGUGUCUUGCUCGUUGUCCCAAAGAGCCCUCUUUCUCUAGUCACGGAUUUACACAAAAUUUUUUUAAAAAAAAACACACAUGAAGAAGAGUC